AUGAAACCAUUUAUAACUGGACAUGAAGAAUUAAUACAUGAUAUAAAAUAUGAUUAUUAUGGUAAACAUAUAGCUACAGUAUCAUCAGAUCAACAUAUUAAAGUAUUUGAUUUAGAUUUACAAACUUCAACUUGGAUUUUAAAUGAUUCUUGGAAAGCUCAUGAUUCACUGAUUGUACGUGUAUCAUGGGCCCAUCCCGAAUUUUCAAGUUCAAAAAUAAUUGCAAGUUGUUCAUUUGAUAGAACGGUUAAAAUAUGGCAAGAACAACCUGAUGAAAUGAAUGGUUCUGGUAAAAAAUGGUUAAAAUUAGCUACUUUAGCUAUUGAAAGUUAUGGUCCAAUAUAUGACGUUAAAUUUGCACCAAAUCAUUUAGGUUUUAAAUUAGGUUGUGUUGGAUCAGAUGGUAUCUUUAGAAUUUAUGAAUCUUUAGAACCUAAUGAUUUAACAAAUUGGGCUUUAACCGUUGAAAUUCCAAUUUUAAAUUCACAAUUACCUGCAAAAUCACUACAAUCAAGUUUUGCAAUUGAAUGGUGUCCUUCAAAAUUUACAAAAACUGAAAAGUUUAUAGUGGUGGCAUUAGAUCAAGGAUUUGUUUAUGGAAAUUAUACAAAUGAAGAAAAUGAUGAAGAAGAUAGUAUGGCAAGUGGAAGUGGUGAAAAAUAUAAAAAAAUUUGUGAUUUACCAGAACAUAAUGGAUUAAUACGAUCAGUAAGUUGGGCUCCAUCAAUGGGUAGAAAUUAUCAUCUAAUUGCAACUGGUUGUAAAGAUGGUUAUGUACGAAUUUUUAAAGCAAUUGAACAGUCCAACGAUGAUUUAAAAAUUGAAAUUAUUGCAAAAUUAAAUGACCAUAAAUCUGAAGUAUGGAGAGUUUGUUGGAAUAUGACAGGGACUAUACUUUCAUCAGCUGGUGAUGAUGGAAAAUUAAGAUUGUGGAAAUGUAAUUAUUUAAGUGAAUGGAAAUGUAUGAGUGUUAUAAAUACAAGUAAUCGAUCAGAAAAUCGUGAUAUUAAACUGGAUAAUAAUAUAUAG